CGCGCCCAGCCCGGCGGGUCCUCGCCGAAGCCGUCCGGCCGCCGCCUGCCCUCCGGGCGCCGGCGCGGGCCGGGAGCGGAGUCCCCGCAGUCUCAAACCAUGAAUUAUGUGGGGCAGCUGGCGGGACAGGUGAUCGUCACAGUGAAGGAGCUCUACAAGGGCAUCAACCAGGCCACGCUGUCCGGUUGCACAGACGUGGUGGUUGUGCGACAGCAGGAUGGCUCCUACCAGUGCUCACCCUUCCACGUGCGCUUCGGGAAGCUGGGUGUCCUGAGGUCCAAGGAGAAGGUGAUUGACAUAGAGAUCAAUGGCGACGCUGUGGAUCUCCACAUGAAGUUGGGCGACAACGGGGAAGCUUUCUUUGUCGAGGAAACAGAAGAGGAGUAUAAGAAGCUCCCUGCUUACCUGGCCACCUCACCAAUCCCUACUGAAGAUCAGUUCUUUACAGACAUUGACAGCCAUUUGGUGAAACCAGGUGGAAAUGAAAGACCUCCUCAGAGUUCGCAUGUUGCCCACAUCCUGGAAGCAGAGACAGUCUUCACCCCCAGUUCUGUGAAAAAGAAAAAACGAAGAAGGAAGAAAUGCAAACAGGACAUUAAGAAGGAGGAGCAGGCCGUGUCGCCCCCUGCCGAGGACACCAUGGGUGUGGACCUGAGCUCCGACGAUGACAAGGGGGCCCAGUCGGCAAGAUCUUCAAAUGCUUCCUUAAAGGAAGAAGAACAUAAAGAGCCCCUGCUCUUCCAUUUCGGAGACCACUACCCCUUGUCUGAUGGAGACUGGUCCCCUUUAGACAACCCGUACCCCCCAGUGGCCUGUCCUAAGAGUGACUCAGAGCUGGAAGUGAAGCCCGCCGGGAGCCUGCUCAGAUCCGAGACCCACAUGGAGUGGACCUGGGGCGGGUUCCCGGAGUCCACCAAGGUCAGCAAAUGGGAGCGGUCUGAGUAUCACCCCAGGACAGCGAUGAUCACGCCGUCAGAAAACACCCACUUCCGGGUGAUCCCCAGCGAGGACAGCCUCCUGAGUGAGGUCGAGAAGGAUGCUUCCAUGGGGGAGACGGUCUGCACCAUCGUGAAGCCCAAGCCGCGAGCCCCAGGGAAGCAGCAUGGCGGGGUAGCCUCGGCAGCCAGCCCUCGGGAGCCCCCCGCGGGGUUGGAUGCCCCCCCGCCUCCUCCCUCACCCCCCUUCGAGGAGGCGCCCUCGGAAGCUCGACCAGCUGCUAAGAUCGACUCACCCUCCAAGAAGAGAGGUGUCCACAAGAGAAGCCAACACCAGGGGCCUGAUGAUAUUUACCUGGACGACCUGAAGGCGCUGGAACCUGAGGUUGCAGCUCUCUAUUUCCCCAAAAGCGAGUCGGAGCCUGGCUCCCGGCAGUGGCCCGAGUCCGACACGCUGUCCGGCUCCCAGUCCCCCCAGUCGGUGGGCAGCGCGGGCGACAGCGGCACCGAGUGCCUCUCGGACUCCGCCAUGGACCUGCCCGACGUCACCCUGUCGCUCUGCGGCGGCCUCAGCGAGAACGGAGAGAUCUCCAAAGAGAAAUUUAUGGAGCACAUCAUUACGUACCAUGAAUUCACAGAAAACCCUGGACUCAUAGACAAUCCCAACCUUGUGAUACGGAUAUAUAACCGUUACUACAGCUGGGUGUUGGCGGCCCCCAUGGUCCUCAGCCUUCAGGUCUUCCAGAAGAGCCUGCCCAAGGCCACAGUCGAGUCCUGGGUCAAAGAUAAGAUGCCAAAGAAAUCUGGCCGCUGGUGGUUCUGGCGUAAGAGGGAGAGCAUAACCAAGCAGCUGCCAGAGGCCAAGGAAGGGAAAGUGGAGGUCCCACCGCCCAGUGACCGGCCAUCAAGCGCGAAAAAGCUAGCCAGCGGCAGGUCGGCCGAGGACGACUCAUCGAGUGAGGAAGGGUCCCAGGAACUGGGAGAGUCCAUCAAGGUGGACUCCGCCCCCACAGAACCCCCAAGCCAUAGUGGCACAACCUCUUAUAAGAAGUCUCUUCGUCUGUCCUCAGACCAGAUCGCGAAACUGAACCUCCAAGAUGGCCCAAAUGAUGUCGUGUUUAGUAUCACAACCCAGUAUCAGGGCACCUGCUGCUGUGCCGGGACCAUUUACCUGUGGAACUGGAACGACAAGGUCAUCAUUUCCGACAUUGACGGGACGAUAACCAAGGCUGACGCUCUGGGACAGAUUCUUCCGCAGCUGGGCAAAGACUGGACGCACCAGGGUAUCGCGAAGCUCUACCAUUCCAUCAACGAGAAUGGCUACAAGUUCCUGUACUGCUCGGCCCGUGCCAUCGGCAUGGCCAACAUGACCCGCGGCUACCUGCACUGGGUCAACGACAAGGGCACCAUCCUGCCCCGCGGCCCCCUCAUGCUGUCGCCCAGCAGCCUGUUUUCUGCCUUCCACAGGGAAGUAAUAGAAAAGAAGCCGGAGAAGUUCAAGAUUGAGUGUCUGACUGACAUCAAGAAUCUCUUUGCCCCAGCUCAGCAGCCCUUCUCCGCUGCCUUUGGGAACCACCCAAAUGACGUCUAUGCUUACGGACAAGUGGGUGUCCCAGACUGCAGGAUCUUCACCAUGAACCCCAAGGGCAAGCUGAUACAAGAAAGGACCAAAGGAAACAAGUCCUCCUACCACAGGCUGAGCGAGCUAGUGGAACACGUGUUCCCGCUUCUCAACAAGGAACAGAAUUCCGCCUUCCCAUCGGAGUUCAGCUCCUUCUGCUACUGGCGAGAGCCGAUCCCUGAGGUGGACCUGGAGGACCUCGUCUGAGGCGGCACCCCUGGCGGGGGGCUGGAUCGCGGCCCCCACAGCAGGGGAGGCGACCGGCCUUCUGCUGGACAGAGGAUGCGGGGACCCUCCCGGCCACAGGUGUGGGACGGCGCGCUGCCCGCCGGGCGCCGGCAGG